AUGAGGCUGUGUGCCUUCUUGGGAGGAGCACCGGACUGGGAGCAGAAGCUGGGGGGUUCUGGUCCCACUUGUCCCUCUGUGGGNGACCGCUGCCGCGGCUACUACGACGUGAUGGGCCAGUGGGACCCGCCCUUCAACUGCAGCUCGGGCGCCUACAGCUUCUGCUGCGGCACGUGCGGCUACCGCUUCUGCUGCCACGACGGGCCGCGCCGCCUGGACCAGAGCCGCUGCUCCAACUACGACACGCCCGCCUGGGUGCAGACCGGACGCCCGCCGGCCCGCGCCCGCGACACCGCCGCACCUCGGGACCCCGGCCGCGAGCGCAGCCACACGGCCGUCUACGCGGUGUGCGGCGUCGCCGCGCUGCUCGUGCUGGUCGGCAUCGGGGCGCGCCUGGGCCUGGAGAGGGCUCGCAGCCCGCGCGCGCGGCGCACAGUGACCAGGACACUGACAGAACUUCUGAAGCAGCCGGGGCCCCAGGAACCUCUGCCCCCACCUCUGGGCCCGCCCCUGGGUAGCUGUGUCCAGGUGCAGAUGGGCGACAGCUUCCCCCGGGAAUCCCCCCACAACAGCACAGACAAGAAACGCCUCAAUAACGCGCCCCUGGGCUCUGCCACCCCUGGACCCCCGCAUGGUCCUCGGCUGCUGGGCGGUGGCAGCGUGACACUGCAGCCCGACUAUGCCAAGUUCGCCACGCUCAAGACAGCUGCGCUGAAGGCUGCAGAGGCCGCGCCGCAGGACUUCUACCCGCGUUUUCCCGUUGUCGAGCCGGCCCUGAGGACCCUCCCAGCUCGGGCGCCGCGGACUCCCGAGGACCUGCCUGCGCUGCUGGACGCCUGUCCCUGGGCGCCGCCAGGGUACGCGCCUCCUGCCUGCCCUGCUCCGCCCGGCCCAUAUGGGGCGUGGACCGCUGGCCGCCCCACCCGGCCGGCCCCUCGAGGCCUUCCCGUGGCCCAGGCUUCUCCCGCAACCCGUCGGCUGGGCCACGCACCCCGGCGCCAGUUCAGCGUGGAGAAGCUACCUGAGGUCUUCAACGCACAGCACCCCGGCCUGUACAGCGGUGCGGGCCGCGGGCCGUGGCACCUAAGCACCAACAGCAAAGCUGAGGUCACCGUGUGAGGCAGGGACCUUCCCCCUGGGGCACCUGGAGCCCCGAUGCUCCCCGCCUGGACUGGAGGCCUUGGAGCCAGUGCUCCUGGCCUUGGGGCCAACAGUUCUCACUCCCCGUGUAAAUAAACCCUAAGUGGU